AUGCCACAGUACUGGGAGAGAGCCAUAACGAUACAGCAAAAGGAAAUAGAGAAGCCGAAUCGCCUUAUUCUGGAGGAGUCUAAAGUCGGCUUGGACUUUCCUCCAGAUUACCCGUUCAAGCCACUCAAGGUCUUCUUCACAACCAAGCUCUUUCACCCCAACGUAGGAGAGCGUGGACAUAUCUUCCUUCGGAUGCUGACUGUCGACCGCUUCUCGCCCAUUCACACCAUCCAUACUAUUCUCAGUAAACUUCAUGAGAUGCUCACAAACCCUGAAAUAGAUGAGGGGGACUAUUACGAUGAAGCCAAAGCGAAGCUCUAUAAAGAAGAUAAGGCGGGGUUCGAUCAGCGUGCUCGGGAAUGUACUUUGGAGCACGCUGGGCCUUGA